AUGAAUGAAGACUUCGAUUUUCGAGUAGUUUUACUCAAAAUUCAAAAUUCACUGUCUGAUACAGAUCGUAAACAAUUGCAUUUUUUAUUUGGUGAAGAUAUUCCACGCCGUUUGCAGUCUGAUGGCUCACUAGACACUGCACUCGAAACUUUACAAACACUUUUCGAUCGUGUAAAGAUUUCAAGAAAUAAUUCUGAUUAUCUUGUUCAUGCACUACGAGCUAUUGAGCGACAUGAUUGUGCUAAACGUUUACUUGACUAUCAAAAAUUGGUACCUGCUGAAAUCAUACCAAGUCUACCAGCGGAACAGCAGCAAAAUCAAGCUGAGGUGACACUUGUGUUACCAUCAUUAAAUGUAUCAAAAACACCUUCUGCUCAAGAAAUCGUUGAUGAUCAGGAUGAAAAUGAUACUAUGCAUCUUCCACAGGCAGAUGCGGUACCAAUUAGAUUCAAUCCACCCGAACCAGAUCCCAUGGAUUUUAAUAGUAUAAAUUUAGAACCAUUCGAAGACUCUUCUCAGCCAUGGACUGAAGAAUAUUCAAGGUUACUAAAUUUAAAAUAUCAUCCACGAGCUUAUCAAAUUGAAAUAAUACGAAAUGCUAUUUGUAAUGGUAAUACUAUUGUUUGUCUUCGAACUGGUUCUGGAAAGACAUUUAUUGCUUCUGUUAUAAUAAAAUAUUAUUUCAUAAAAAAUCAAAAAACAAAUCCUGAUAGAAAAUUUUCAAGUCUAUUCUUUGUACCAAGAAAAGCCAUACGAUUACAACAAGCUAAAGCAAUUUUAGAUGUUGGUAAUUUACGAGUACAAAUUUGUCAAGAUGAUCAAACAAUUGAUCAACUUAUUGAUACAAAUCAUGUUAUUGUUGCAACACCACAAAAAUUUGCUAAUUGUUUAAAUAAAGAAACCAUACGUUUAUGUCAAAUUAAUUUAAUGAUAUUUGAUGAAUGUCAUAAUACAUCAGGUGGAAAUCCUUAUUGUGAAAUAAUGAAAUAUUAUUUAUGUCCAUUGAAAAAGCAAAACACUACAGAAAAACCAUUCAUGAUUGGCUUAACAGCAACAAUUAGUGCUAAAGAUGCUAUUGAAAAACGAGAAUCACUUGAAAAAAAUCUUGUCAGUUUAUGUAGUAAACUUGCUUGUAAAAAUAUUUCAACUGUAUGUGAUAAAAAUAAUAUAGAUGAAAUUAAUAGUGAAAUAAAGCGACCAACAAAUGAUCAAUUUCAAUAUGUUUCAAAAGUGCAAUAUAAUUCAUAUUUUGAUGAAUAUUUAAAAACAUUUCAAGAUCUUAUUAAAAAUAUUAAAUAUCAUUUGGAUAGUCGAGAAUUAUUAGAUGGACAAGAUAUUGGUUCUUCAGGAUUUGUUGGUCAACUUGUACUUUUAAAACAAACUUUUGAAAAAAAAGGUGAUAUGAAUAAUAUUAUUAUUUGCGAUUAUUUAUUAUUAUUAACAAAAAAAUAUUCAGCAUUUAACAAUUUACCAUUUGAUAUGGUUAUACAAUAUAUAUUACAGAAAAUUGAAGAAUAUUAUAAAGGAUAUCAACAAUCAGUACCAAUGAAUAAUGUACUUUAUGAACGUUGUAAGGCGGAAUUGGAUAAAAUCUUAGAGAAACAUAUGGAAAAUUCAACAACAAAUUCAAAAUUAGACACAUUAGUUGAUCUUCUUAAACAACAUGCUAGUACAGAUACAAAAGGACUUAUUUUGGUACAAACAACUUUUUACGCAAAAACACUUUGUGAUUACUUGUGUAAUCAUUCAAAAUUAAAAAAUAUUGUUAAAGCAACUUGGAUUGUUGGUCAAAAUAGCCCAGAUCAUUCUUUGACACUACGUGAUCAAGAAGAAAGAUUAAGACAAUUUCGAGAAGAUGAAUAUAAUCUACUCAUUGCUACUGAUAUUGUUCAAGAAGGUUUAGAUAUUCCUACAUGUUCUUAUGUUAUUCGUUAUGAAUUUGUAUCGGAUGAAAUUGGUACAAUUCAAUCACGAGGUCGAGCACGAGCACAAAAUAGUUCCUAUUAUCUUAUAACUGAAUUGGAUUCAACCAAUCAUCAGCGAGAGAAAAACAAUAAAAUUCGUGAAGAAAAUAUGGAAAUAGCGAUUGAUCAAUGGCGAACAUGUGAUAAAGAUCUAUUUCAACGUAAUGUUGAAGAGAAAACUAAAUCGCUUAUUAGUGGAUGGGAAAAAGAUUUAACAGUUGAAAUGCAACAAAAAGCUGCAUUACAAAAAAUUGGUAAAAAAAAUGGUUUAAUAUGUUGUCGUAAAUGUAAUCGAGAAUUAGGUGAGCUUGCAUGGUUGAAAAAACGAAAUACAACCUAUUUUAUUAAUAAUCGAGAAUUUUUCAAUAAUAAUGAAUGCAAACUUCUCAAUGCAUAUAAAAAUUUUCAAGAAAAUUUAGUUAUGGGAGAUGUUAAAUGUACUUGUGGAAAUUCUCUUGGCGGAUGUCUAAAAUUUAUUGAUCGGCCUGAAUUAGGUACAUUAUGUGCACUUAAAUGUAUACAAAUCAAAUUUCAAAUUGACAAGCAAUCAUCUUUUAUAGAAUUUCCACAAUGGAGUAAAAAUAAUUGUUUUGACGUUGAAGAACUUGAAGAAAUUUGA